AUGCCAAGAGGGCGAGAGAGAGUCGACAGGAAGGAGGUCAUUGUUGAUGGAGACGACGAUGAGGAUAUUCAAGCGCAAGAAUUGAUUGAGAAUUUCCAGAAGACACUGCUGAAAAUGACUGACAAGAAUAAGCCCUUAACUUGGCUGAUUGCACUUAAUCACAUAGACAAGCACUUGGCUGACUUGGAGGAGAUGACGAAGGAGGUGCUGAAUCGAAAGGAAGAUCCAGUUCGGAAGUGA